AUGUCUGAGCAACAGAAGCCAGAUGCACCAGCAGCGCAGGAGCAGAAGCUCCCUCCAGCCGAGCUGAAGAAAAGAGCCAAAGCAGAGAAGCAGGCCAGAAGAGCAGCGCAGAAGGAACAGACCGCUGCGCCUACAGGUGGUCCGCCAGCAGAAGCUGCCGCAGCGAACGUAGAGACGAAGCCUACCAAACAAGGUGGAAAUGCCGGACCUGCGCAACAAAAGCCCAAGGGCGAAAAGCAACAGCAGCCAACAGGAGCACAAAAGCAGGGCGAGCAGAACAAGGGCCCAGGCGGCGCGCAGCAGGCUUCAUUGCCAGUGAGGAAUCGCAGAGGAUCGCAGAGCCAGCCAGCGCCGAAAGAGCCAGUGAAGAGGCAGGAGAACAAGCAGGUCGAGCUGUUCAGUCACCUGUACAACCAGCCACGCCGACAUACCCUCGAAGGAGUCUCGAAAGACGUCCAUCCUGCGGUGCUGGCGCUCGGCUUCCAGAUGAGCAGCUAUGAGAUCUGCGGCAGUAGCGCGAGAUGUGUCGCUAUGCUCCUUGCAUUCAAGGAAGCCAUCCAAGAAUACACAACCCCAGCGGGCACAUCUCUUGCUCGACACUUGACGAGUCACUAUCUCUCCCCACAAAUCGACUUUCUAAAGUCAUGUCGGCCGAUCUCCGAGUCUAUGGGUAAUGCUAUCCGAUGGCUAAAGAAGCUGAUAGUCGAAGUCGACCCGGAUAUGCCAGAACAUGAAGCGAAGGAUGACCUCUGCGACAACAUUGAUCGCUUCAUCAUGGAGCGCAUCACAGCCACGGAUCAGGCCAUCGCUAGCUCGGCGAGCCAACUGAUCAAACAUGGCUCGGUUGUACUUACGUAUGCAAAGAGCUCCAUCGUCGAGAAGACCAUCUUGCAGGCACAUGCCGCAGGCACGAAGUUUCGGCUCAUAGUGGUUGACUCGCGACCGCUUUUCGAGGGCAAGAACCUUGCCACUUCACUCAUGAACGCUGGACUGCAAGUCGAGUACUACGCUUAUGCCGGUCUUGCCAGAGCAGUAUCCGAUGCGACCCUGGUGCUCCUCGGUGCCCAUUCGAUGCUGUCCAACGGCCGUCUCCAAUCACGAAUCGGCACAGCCUCGCUUGCAGCAGCUGCACACCGAGUCGACAUCCCAGUCAUCGUGUGCUGUGAAUCAGUCAAGUUCAGUGGCAAGGUAGCACUGGACAGCAUCGUCAUCAACGAGGUAGCACCGGCGGAAGAGCUUCUCCUGCCCGCGAAGCCACAACUAUCGAUCCCUACAUCGAAGGACUCCAGGAGUGACGAAGGCGAGGAAACGAAAUUGAAGAACUUGCAUGAUUGGAAGGAUAUUCAGAACCUGCAGAUUCUGAAUUUGAUGUAUGAUAUUACGCCGGCUGAGUAUAUUCGGAUGGUGAUUUGCGAGUAUGGCAGUGUGCCGCCGAGCUCGGUGCCUGUAGUGCACAGGCUGGCGAAUGAGGGUAUUUAA